GAACACCUGUAGCAGCUGAGUUUACAUCACAGCGCAGCAGCGCGGAUUCUCUGGCCGCACACUCGGCUACUUGCACCUCCGCGAGGAGCGCCCGGGCUAUUCCCGGACAGCCGUUGUGGGCCUUAAUGUAGCUGAGGUUGAAGGAAGAGUAUCUGGCUUGCUCGCCGGGCCGUUUGCCGCAGGAGGAAACACCGCGAGUUUUCGCGGGACGAUUGAUGGGCGUUCCCUGCAAGAGCACCAGCUAGCCGGCCUGUACGCCACUAAGAACUAGUUAAAGGUACAACAGGAGUCAAGGAGGCGCGCUCGUUAGGGACUCUCAAGACCAGGUCCUCAGAGGAUGGACAACGCGCAUGGCCUGAAUGCGCGACUCGACCCUGCGCUCGUGACCCUGUGGCUAGGCCAGGAUCCGCCCAUGGUGUUUAUCCCGUGCAUGCGGCAGUACGGGUACUGGCUGGCGGGCAUACUCAACGCCGCCGCCGCACUGGAGUUCCUCACCUCGAUGCCCACCACAAUAAUAAUGCCGCCGGGCGAGACCGCCGCCGCCAGCGAGGCGCAGCGGGUGGCGCACUGCCGGCUGUUCACACUGACGGCCGUGAUUAAGUUCACACCCGGUCUGCACGCGCAGCGGGCGUGGCUGCAGGCUAUGGAGGAGCUGUGCAGCCGCACGGGCCCGGGCGGCCGCCGCUGGCUGGCCUUCAUCCUGCGGCAGCUCCUGCCCGCCGCCGCUGGCAGCCCCGUCACAGUGUGGGUUGCCAAGACGCGCCAGCUGCUGGAGAAGCUGCGCAGUCUCUUUGAGGCUGAGGAGGUGGGUGUGGCGGGCGGCGUUGUCAGUGGCUUUGAGGCGGCCAUGGCGCACACGUACCAGGGCAUGCGCGAGCAGGCGGCGCUGUGCGCUGACGCACCAAACCGGCUGCAGCAGCUGCACUGGCUGCUGGAGCCACCCGCGCCGGUGCCGGACGUGGCACCGGCGGUGGAUGGCGUUCUGGUGGCGGCAGCGUCAUGAAGAGCAGGGGAGGGCGAAACUAGCUGACGUUGGACCACCGCGUGUGGCUUGGAGUUGGGAGAACGUGAUUAUUGUACAUCGUACGGGUAAUGUGACUCAUGGUGGCGGGUGGCCAUGGUGCGUGGCUUGCAUGCGUGGGCCGCAUGGGGCGCCAAUGCAGCCCUUUUGUCGGGCCAAGGCCCGGCGGUACGUGCCGCGUUGUGGGUUUGGUGGGCAGUGGACUGGUCCUGUGUCCCAUGACAGGCCAGGGGGGACGUGUACGGUCCCAUGUACGGUAGUUGAGUUGUGUGAUCUUGUGAGUCAGGUCAUGGCGGUGCCACCUGCAGGCCACAUACAGGCAAGCAUUCAGGUAUGUACUCCUUGAGAGUCUUGGCCGAAUUCUUCCUGUUUUCAGGCGUGUGCUUGUAUGUGCGGGGGGUGCGUGUGUGUGGCGGGGGGUGGCUUUGCCUAGUGCUCGCGAGCGUGCUGAAAGACUGCCCGACAAAUUGCGUGGUUGAGCAGGUGGUAAUUGGGGAGGACCCUUUUUGAUCAGGAUGCGUCGAAGCUUGAUCCCACUAAAUUUAUUGGAGUGGGUUCCUGAGGCCCUAAUGCCUUUAGUACAUAAACAUGCGUCAAUGGGCUGCUGAAUGUGUUGAGGGCGCGGGACAGGGCAGUUAGCAAGUGGAUCCAGGGGUCGUAUCUUGUUUGCGGGGGAAUGUCUUGACCCAGACAUUCCUGGCCUCUGGAGCGGAAAUUUUUGUCAAGGGGGUAGACAAACAGGCCCCCAAAUCCACGAUUUUUUUGUCUAGACAAAGUGCCUUUGUGGAAGCCAUGUAAAAUGUCUAGACA